UGACGGAUGAAGGAUGACGAUGAUGAUGAUGGGUGAGGGCUCGGAGCAGCUCCUCCCUCUCGCUAUUUAUUGCUGCGCGGAGCUCCGCGCCUGAAUCACCUCGGAGCGAGCGGGCAGCGCCUUUCCAGCCGCCAUGGCCCGGCUCCUCGGCACCUCCUGCCUGCUGCUGCUGCUGCUCCUGGGCCUCUGCGCCGACGUCGCCUCCUCCAAGAAGGGCAAAGUCAAACCCGGCGGGGGCGGCUGGGGCACGGGCAGCCGCCAGCCCAGCUACCCCCGCCAGCCCGGCUACCCCCAGAACCCGGGCUACCCGCACAACCCGGGCUACCCGCACAACCCGGGCUACCCGCACAACCCGGGCUACCCCCAGAACCCCGGCUACCCGCACAACCCCGGCUACCCGGGCUGGGGCCAGGGCUACAACCCGUCCAGCGGGGGCACGUACCACCAGAAGCCCUGGAAGGCGCCGAAGCCCAAGACCAACCUGAAGCACGUGGCGGGGGCGGCGGCGGCGGGCGCCGUGGUGGGGGGCUUGGGGGGCUACGCCAUGGGCAGGGUGAUGUCGGGCAUGCACUACCGCUUCGACAGCCCCGACGAGUCGCGCUGGUGGAGCGAGAACGCCGCCCGCUACCCCAACCAGGUCUACUAUCGCGACUACCGCGACCAGCGCGGCGGCCCCGUGCCGCAGGACGUCUUCGUGGCCGACUGCUUCAACAUCACCGUCACCGAGCACAACAUCGGCCCCGCCGCCAGGAAGGGCGGCAACGCCUCGGAGGCGCUGAACCAGACGGAGGCGGAGCUGGAGACGCGCGUGGUGACCAAGGUGAUCCGGGAGAUGUGCAUCCAGCAGUACCAGGAGUACCGGCUGGCUUCCCACGCCGCCCGCCGCCCGGCCGAUGCCCCGCUGGCCGCCCUGCUGCUCCUCGUCCUCCUCGCCCUGCACUAGGGAGGGAGCCCCGCGCCGUCCCGGUGUCCCCCGUGUCCCCCGCGGGGUCCCCACGUCCCCUCCCCAGGUGUUGGUUUUGGUGAGGAGCCCCCCCGGGGCGCUCUGCGGCGCCUCCGGUAUAGGCAAUGGGAUGAAAAUUUGGUUUUCUGCCCCAAAAAUGGCUCCGGGACGGUGCUGGAGCCCAGAACAGCGGCCUUCGCCUCCUCCUCCUCCUCGGGGUCACCCCGAGAGGGACCAGGCAGAGGGGAGCUCCCCCCUUGGCGUCCCUGCAGGGGCUUUUCCAAAAAUCCUCUUUGUCAGCAGGCAGGGAUUUGCCUCAGCCCCCAGCCACCCCCGUUCCCCGGGGGGCUCAGAGGGGUUCUCAAGCUGCCAGGUUGCAAUUUGAACCCUUCCAUCCCAAAAAAAGCCCCUUCCCUUCCCCCUGUACACGAGGAGCUGCCGCUCCACACCCUGCAUGCUGCAAAAACCCCCUGCAGCAAGACACCAAAAUAAAGUCGAUUUUCACUCCCUGUCACGGCCAGGCUGAAGCCCCGGCCGGUGUUUAGAGGCAGAAAGUGCUGCUUGAAUGCCCCAAACGCCCCAAAACGGUGUCACAGCCCGAGAAAAAGCCAGGUUGGCUGCUCCAGGUGAGCAGUCCUGUUCACGCUCCAGCACCUGGACCUGCAGGAUGUGAAAUUGCAGCAGGAGGGAUCCUCAGGGGGUCAGGCACGAAGCAAGAGACUGAAACCAGCGCACCACGCCGGGUCAGCGUCAGCACCGCGGAAAAACGGGCCUGGGAAAGGGAGAUGCUUAAAAAAAAAAAAAAGUGACAUUUGUGAGUAAUUCAAAAAGCAGCGGGUGGAAUUCCUGCUCCUGGUGAGGGUGCUGGGCUGGGGACGAGCUGUAACACCCGCGCUCCGCAUCCCCCGUGUCGUUUGAUUUUUGCAAGGCACUGAAUAACACCGUCCUCAACGGGAAUUAUUAUUUUUUUUUUUAAUUGUUUUUUUCCUUUUUGCAUCGGUGUAAGCUAAGUGAAGAUCUAUAUUAUAUAUAAAUACCUAUAAACAGAGAGGAAGGAAACCCUCCAGGACAGCCGGAGCAGGGCUUCGCGGCUCCCCGUCCUUUGCACCCGCGGAUGUUUUGUAACCCUGUCACGCUGCAUGCCCGGGCUGUGCCGUGCUGAGCCUUUCCCGAGUGUUCCUCGUCUGGUACAAAUUAAAUCGGAUCGAGCCGAGGUGCCCGGCAGCCUCCUUUGUGUGCCAGGCAUUUCCCGCAUUUCUGCAUUCCCUGCAUUUCCGCCCUCCCCGGCCUCAGGGAGCUUUUGUUCCCUUCCAGCCCCGCUUUAACCCAAACCCCGCCGAUUGAACCCAAACCCCAGCGAACCUCUUCUCCUCCCCCGCUCCCAUCGCUGCAGUCCAAGAGGAGUUUUCUAAUUUCUGUCUCGUUCCAGUUUCUGUUCUAAUAAAGGAGUUUUUACA